GUGUUCCAAAAUGGUGUCAUCUACUGUUUUGCUCGUGUAGUAAUUUGUACGUAGACUUUUAAAUUAUUAAUAAAUAGUUUGAGGUUGAUAUUUCCCCCUCGGCUUCUCCAGGAGGUUGAUGUAUCUGUGUAGAGGCUGAUCACAGAUCAGACACAAUGGCGCAGAGAAAGAAGAGAUUGUGGAAGAAGAAGAAGCAGCAGGCUGCACACAGAGAGCCAGAUGUGGACUCAGAUGGAGGAGAUUUCGAGUUAGCGGCUGAAAUUAAAGACGAUGCUGUAUUUGGUAAAAAGCUGCCUCGCUUCCCCACGUCUUCCGAUUGCCUGUCAGAUGUAGAACCAGACACAAGAGAGAUGGUGCGAGCUCAGAACAAGAAAAAGAAAAAGUCUGGAGGCUUUCAGUCCAUGGGUCUGAGCUACCCUGUCUAUAAAGGCAUCAUGAAGAAGGGAUACAAUGUUCCCACUCCCAUCCAAAGAAAAACUAUUCCCGUCAUCCUGGAUGGUAAAGAUGUAGUUGCCAUGGCAAGGACAGGAAGUGGGAAGACAGCUGCCUUCUUGGUGCCCAUGUUCGAGAGGUUAAAGGGACCUCAAGCUCAGACGGGGGCCAGAGCUCUGAUCCUCACACCCACCCGAGAGCUGGCACUACAGACCAUGAAGUUCACUAAAGAGCUGGGGAAGUUCACUAGGCUAAAAACGGCACUGAUCCUUGGUGGAGACAGUAUGGAUGAUCAGUUUGCUGCUCUACAUGAAAAUCCAGACAUCAUCAUUGGUACUCCUGGUCGUCUGAUGCACGUCAUCAUGGAAAUGAACCUCAAACUGCAGAACGUGGAGUAUGUGGUGUUUGACGAGGCAGACCGACUGUUUGAAAUGGGUUUCACUGAGCAACUGCAGGAGAUCAUCAGACGCCUCCCUGAAACCCGGCAGACCCUGCUGUUCUCCGCCACGCUGCCCAAACUACUUGUGGAAUUUGCUCGAGCCGGAUUAACAGAUCCAGUCUUGAUCCGUCUCGAUGUCGACAGUAAGCUCAGCGAUCAGUUAAAGUUGUCGUUUUUUCACUUGCGUCUGGACGACAAGCCUGCACUGUUGCUCUAUCUUCUGCGUAAUGUUGUCAAGCCUCAGGAGCAGACGGUCGUAUUUGUGGCCACCAAACACCAUGUGGAAUAUCUCAACCAGCUACUGACUUCACAAGGAAUCGAGUGUGCGUACAUAUACAGUGCUUUGGACCAGACGGCGAGAAAGAUCAACAUCGGUCGCUUUGUCCACCGCAAAGCAAUGGUGCUGCUGGUGACGGAUGUGGCAGCCCGCGGUAUUGACAUCCCGCUCCUGGACAAUGUCAUCAAUUAUAACUUCCCCUCCAAAGCCAAGCUCUUUCUGCACAGAGUUGGUCGUGUAGCCCGUGCUGGCAGGAGUGGUCGAGCCUUCAGCCUGGUUUGCCCGGACGAAAUGGCCUUUGUUUACGACCUUCACCUCUUUCUUGGACGACCUUUGCACCUUGCAACCAUUGAGCACUCACAGGAUGCUGACGGAGUGUUGGGUCGCGUCCCACAGAGCAUCUUGGAUGACGAGGACGCGCACGUCCUUACGGCUCAUGCGAACUGUUUAGACCUCCAAAACCUCAAACGGGUCUCUGAGAAUGCUUACAAGCAGUACCUGAAGUCCCGACCCAACCCCUCACCAGAAUCUAUCAAGCGAGUGAAGAGUUCCGAUCUAUCCUCCAUCGCUGUUCACCCACUGCUAGGGUCAGGACUUGAGAAGAUGGAGUUGGAGAGACUGCAGAUGGUCGACUCGAUCAAGGCUUACAAGUCAAAAUCCACGAUAUUUGAGAUCAACUCCAACAACAAAACCAGUGCCGGUGAGGUAAUGAGGACGAAGCGUUCGCGGGACAGCCGUCUGGUCGACAAAUUCCAGAGGAUGAGAGAAGAGAUGCAGGCCGUGAGUCAGCUGAAUCGUCCAGCUAUUCAGAACUCAACUACAACACGACUGCACCAUGGGGAGGAAGAGGAUGAUAAUAAAGAUGAUGAUGAAGAAGACCUUCAGGGUGUGUUCUCAAAAGUGGUCGGAGGAAAGAAACGGAAACAGGAUGAGAAUGUGGAUACGGACAGACCGAAGAGCAAAAAGAACAGGAAGUCGGGCCGCGACGAGGAGUUUUACAUCCCCUACAGACCCAAAGACUUUGAAUCAGAAAGAGGACUCAGUCUUGCAGCAGAGGGCAGCUCGUUUGAUCAGCAGGCCUCCUCGGCUGUUCUGGAUCUGAUGGGUGAUGAGAACGCCACGCUGGACCAGCACAAGAAGAUGAUGAGUUGGGAUCGCAAGAGAAAACGAUUCAUCCGGGAUACGGGAAAAGAGGACAAAAAGAACAAAAUAAAAACGGAGAGUGGGCAAGUGGUCAGUGCCAAGAAGUCGAAGAAGAACUUCUAUGAGGAAUGGAAGAAGAAAUACAAGGUGGAUGAUGCAGAUGAUUCAGACGGAGAGAAUGGAGGAGGAAGGGGACUGAAAUUUGGAGGUCGGAGGGGCCGACAUGGAGCGGGCUCUCAGCCCCAGAACAAGAAGGGCUCACAGGUUCGUUCAGAGCUGAAGAGCAACGAACAGAUCUUGAAACAGCGCAAACGCCGCUCCAAGCAGCAGUUCCUGCAAAGCGGCGGCUUGAAGAAGCUGCGUGGCCGAAACAAGCAGCGAUUACACGACGUCAUGAAGUCCGGCUUCGGCCGCGGGCGCUUCAAGAAAGGCAAGAUGAGGAAGAGACUGUAAGAGCUUGUGGGGUCGAAACUCAAGCCAGAAAUCCAACGUAGCUUUCGACCUGCCACCAAGGACUGGUUCUUAAAAAACCUAAUGGUGACUUAUUUUAGUGGAUAAAGUCGGCCAGAUUGGCUUCAGUGACCUGAAUUUCUUAAUAAUGUCACUUUUUUGGCAUAAGUUUGGCAAAUGGUAAAGGCAAAGUUUGGAAACUGGGAAGACGUGAUCUAGCUUCCUCUAGGAACCUUUGUAAACUAUAUCAUAACAAUAUCAAAUGUUUGCUAUAUACAUGUGUAUUUUGAAAUCUGUGCCCAAUACAGAUGCUAAUGAGAACAAUUAACAUCAACUGUGCUUUUCCUGACUGUUAGAAAGGAUUGUUCUUGUAGGGAAGCCAUUGGAACCAAAUACCUGUACAAAUUGGUCGUGAUCACGUCUGUAGAGUUUAUCCACAAGAUGGCAGCAGUUGCAGUGAAUACAUUUAAUGCUCAGGUCCACAGGAUACAGAACAUUUUCCGUCUUCAGCCAAAAUGCAAUAUGGUAUGGUUUUUAAAAAAAAAAAAAAAAUUAUAUAUAAAGUCCCUGGGUUUUGGCUCUGCCUUUCUGAAAAACAGUAAUUUAAAACAACAAGAACAAAAAAUUCCUCUGCAAACAUCUAUACAAAAUCACGUUUUCACAACAAAGAUCAAAACAAGCCUAUGUGAGUGUCAAGGGACGUGUUGGAUUUUUUUUUUUGGGGGGGGAGACAGACUUAAAAAUUCCUUUAGUGGAAGACGAGAAAGUUGUUUCCACAGCAGAAGUAUGCAGCCAGUUGCAGGACACGUGUUGAGAGCUGUGGUCCAUAUGGAUGCAGUUAGUUUAAUUCAUUCUUGUUAUCGCUAGGUUAUCUGUGCCAUAUCUGAGUUAUGCCUAUGUCUGAUUUAACCCAUUAAUGAUUAGUGAAUGCAUGUCCAACUCUGACCUACAGCAGUACUGGUAAAACUACUGGUAAAUGAAACCUGGCCUGUGUGAUGGUGGUAGACGGUAAUGGUAUAGUCGUGAUCGUUUGGCCACUUGGUCAGAGAUUUUGUCUGCUUUUAAAUUUAAACCUGAAGUACACAAGCCUGUUUGUUUGUUUUUUCAUCGUUAAUCACAGUUGUCUUCAGUGACGGGUUAAAGCAGGCAACGUCUAAUAGCAUGAGUUAUUUUUAGGUAAGUCGCCUAACUAGUUGCUGGAAUUAACGUAUUGGAAUAAAACACAACUGGCCCAUG